AUGCCAGUCGGUUUGCAACCUCGCCUUGAUCCUACAGCCCUGCUCUCUCCCAACCUGCAGAGCUCCCAUGGCCAGAUGGACAUGGAGUCAGAAUGGGUUUCCUUGUUUGGUGGUAUCGUUGCGAAUGAAAACGUCCCAAAUGAUGCAACUAGUAGUGUUGUGGGAACUGCCUCAUCGUUGGGGAGUCCUACAAAAUUCGAAGAGAAUGGUGGUCAUGAUAGUGAUAGCGAUGUCGAUUCUCUCCCUCACGGCCUCGGGCGAACAUGGCAGCCCCCUUCAUUCCCUAGCAGCUUACGUUCUAGCUUAACAAAUUUGGAUCAAUAUAUUCUCAGAAUUAGCUCCCGUUUGAAACACAAUCUAUCCACAAUCCGGGAGGAAAGAGAUCAGGCCCUGCAACGCUGGGAACAAGCGAAGGAGACGAAUGCCCGCCUCGCCGAAGCUCUACAAGUCGAAAAGGCACGACGAGCAAAGCUGGAAGAAUUCUUCAUGCAAUACAAAUCAACGGAAAUUGUUCAUAUCCCUGUAUGGCCUCCGCAUACUCGCUUCAGCCCUCCACUUUCAGACGGCGGUGAAGAAGUCAUAAAGGAAGAUCCGCCAUUUCAGUUUCUCUAUGAUAAUCCGCUUUACCAAGGCUACGAGCUCAAUAUCAACCUUAUCACUUUGCGAGUAAAAGGCCUAAUUUCACAUAGAUUCCCGGGCAAGGCGGCUGUGCUUGUGGAAGAAGCACUGGAAAAGGCAGAGAAAUUAAAGUACAUUCCAAUUUAUGCAAAGUGUUUGUACUGGAAGGGAAGAAUUCUAGAUUUACAAGGCCAACGGCAGGAAGCCGCCAAGGCGUUCCUGGAUGCGAGACCAUGUAUUGGAAAAUAUAAAGAGGGAGAGGAUCUCAUUCAGUGGCUGAUGGAGUAUGAAGAAGAUAUUGAAGAACUACACUAUGACCAGCAGCAUAACUAUCGUGGGUCGAACUUUGGCGUUACUCGAAGGAGACCACCGAGACGCCUGUGUGUCCCUGCUGCUGAGCUGCCACCAACUCCUUGA